AUUGGAUUCUCCGGUCGAGAGGAGGAAUCGUGUGUAACGUUACAUGAGAACCGAAACCAGGGUCACCUUUCUUGUUUUUACCCUUUUGGGCUCUUUCCUGAGAGAAAAGGUGGCGUCCUCAGAGCGCGUUUGCUGCGAGUGGGUCUCUGGCAGCUGAUGUUUCCACUUCACCCGUCUGCCAUCAGAUAUUCAGCGACAGAUGACGGUGACAGGCAGGGUGUUGUUAGCUGUACGGCGAUACGAGAUAAACUGGGGGAAGGCGGCUGUCAGACGCAGAUAAAAGGGAUAUUAACGGUCAAAACUAGACAAUGUAGCGUCAAGAAGUCCCACAGCUGCUCGGCUAUGGACACGGUGCGUUGACCUCCCCGGUGGUGGAAAUAAGGCUAACAUGUUUUUCUCCCAGUGGACUUAACAGUUCACACGGAACUGAAUCUCAUUGAACACUAAGGACACUAUUUAUAUUUCCUGUGACUUUUUCAUUGAGCUGUUAUCAACUCGGACGAUAUGCGGCUCUUAAUGUACUUGUCGAGGUGCUCGCAUGUAGCUCAUGUGUCCAAACUCAAGCCGCCGCUGCCGAGGACGUUGUGGCUGCAGCACCGACCGACUCCCUCGGCUGCCCUCCGGAGGAAGAGACAGUCGACCGGGGUCACGUCGUCAGGCAGCCCGACACCUGCCUUCCUGCUCUCCUCUUCCGGGCCCUACGUGUCUGUGUGGCCCUGCAGUCCACUCAGAGGUCUCUCCAUACUGCGAUCACACACACCGACCGGCCGACUGGUCGCACACACACCUGUUGCCUUUGCCACCUCGUCAGCCGGAUCACUGAAGACCGAGACGGACACGGAGACCACGCCGAGCGCGGUCCCCCUGGAUGAUGUGAAGAGGAUUUUGCGACUCGCUCACCCGGAGAGAUGGAGCCUGACAGCUGCUCUGGGCUUCCUGACAGUCUCCAGUGCAGUAACCAUGUCGGCUCCAUUCCUCCUGGGCAAAGUGAUUGACACCAUCUACGCUACAGGGAUGGACACGGAGACAAUGACUGCCUCCCUGACAUCAUUAUGUAUCAUGCUGACGGGAGUGUUCCUGAGUGGUGCGGCAGCCAACGCUGCCAGAGUUUACCUCAUGCAGAUCUCAGGCCAAAAGAUUGUUCGUAAUCUCCGAGUCGCCGUCUUCUCCUCCAUCCUCAGACAGGAAGUGGCAUUUUUUGACAGGAAUAGGACCGGCGAGCUCAUCAACCGCCUCUCCGCUGACACGGGCGUGGUCGGCCGCUCCAUCACGGACAACCUGUCCGACGGACUGAGAGCCGUCGCCCAGGCGGCUGCCGGCGUCAGUAUGAUGUUCUACAUCUCUCCCAGCCUGGCGAGCUUUGUGCUGCUGAUCGUUCCUCCCGUGGCCGGUCUGGCUGUCGUCUAUGGCCGAUACCUUCGCUCCAUCUCCAAAUGCACACAGGACGCACUCGCUCAAGCCACACAGUUGGCGGAGGAGCGUAUCAGCAACAUGCGGACGGUCCGAGCUUUUGGCAAAGAGCUGUCGGAAGUCAACGCGUACACACAGAAGACAGACCUGGUCCUCGGCCUGGCCCGGAAGGAGGCUGUGCUACGAGCGGGCUUCUUUGGAGUGACUGGCCUCAGUGGUAACAUCAUGAUCCUGUCAGUGCUGUACAAAGGAGGCCUCUUAAUGGCCUGCCAGCACAUGACGGUGGGAGAGCUCUCGUCGUUCCUCAUGUACACCUUUUGGGUGGGCAUCAGCAUUGCAGGUCUGAGCUCAUUCUACGCUGAGCUGAUGAAGGGGUUUGGAGCAGGAACCAGACUGUGGGAGCUGCUGGACAGGAAGCCUGAGUUUCCUCUAAAUGAAGGCCUCGUGCUUCCUCCAGACCAGCUCAGGGGUCGGUUGGAGUUCUCCGAUGUCUCCUUUGCCUAUCCGACCCGUAGCGAGGCUCCUAUUUACCAGAACCUCAGUCUGUUGGUCCCAGCUGGUACCAUCAUGGCCGUGGUGGGACCUAGUGGCUCUGGAAAAUCCACCCUGGUCUCACUGCUGCUCAGGCUGUACGACCCCCAAGCCGGUAUCAUCACGAUAGAUGGUCACGACAUUAGAGAAUUGAAUCCCUAUUGGCUCAGGAGUCACAUAGGAACUGUCAGCCAGGAGCCGGUGCUGUUUUCUUGCUCCAUAAGAGAUAAUAUUGCGUAUGGCGCAGUGGACCCGGAGGUUGUGACCACAGAGGACAUCUACACAGCAGCCAGAGUGGCCAACGCCUUUAAUUUCAUUCAGGAUUUCCCUGAGGGCUUUGACACCAUCGUGGGGGAGAAAGGAGUGCUGCUGUCAGGAGGACAGAAGCAGAGGAUAGCAAUCGCCAGAGCUCUGAUCAAAAAUCCUAAGAUCCUGUUGUUAGACGAGGCCACCAGAAAACCCAAAAUAACAUCUUUCAUUAGUGCACUGGAUGCUGAGAAUGAGUUCCUGGUCCAGGAGGCCUUGGAGCGUCUGAUGGAAGGGAGGACGGUCGUGAUCAUCGCUCACCGGCUGUCCACCAUCCAGAACGCCAACGCCGUCGCCGUACUGGACCAGCGGCGCAUCGCCGAGUGCGGCCAGCACACCGAAUUGCUCAGCAACAGGCAGGGGCUGUUCAGAAAACUGAUGGAGAAGCAGGCGUUUCUACAAGACGACCAGCAACAAGCACUUCGCUGAGAGCACAUGGGGGGGGGGGGGGGGGGGGGGGAGACGAGUGGAUGAGGAAGAUCUCGGAGCGGCAGGUCGGUGCCUGGCGAAGAAGUGCCUUUGCUCCAGAAGAGAAGAACUAGAGGAUGGAUACACGCUGAAAGAAAGCCACGCUUUCUCCAGGACAACAGACGGAUAGGAGAGGAGGAGAAUGUAAAACCCUUGAGAGACAUUAAAUGGGGUUUCUUCAAUGUGUUCUCUCUAAAGUGACGAUGUAGCACAACAUCGAGAGCCCUGUGGACAUGAAACGGACCUCAGAACUGAAACAUGGAGGAAGAGUUCAUAGAGAUGCUUUAUUUUUUAAAUAUCUAAUCCAGCACUGAAAAUGGAGGUCUGAAUGAGAGUGAAAGGGAGAAAUGAUGAAUACACACAGGAAGCUUAUAUACUACAUGUCUUCUUUUUUUUUUUAACUACAGUUUUGGGGAAAAGCCCAUAUCUGGUUUUAAAUCGUGAAUGCAUACUUUAGCAGAGACUGGCAAAAAGACAAAAUACCCCUCAAAUAAAUGUAUUCAAAUCAAAUACAAAAUACUUGUGCCAGUAAAUGUAACAAAAUACAAUACAUGUGUGUAUUUAAAAUAUAGGAAAUACGCUUUUCUGGAUUUUCUGUUUUCUCACAAUUUGGUAUAUAAAGCAUUCAUUCAGGUGUGGGCGA